UUUUUUAUCAGAAGAAUAAUGAUGUGUGCACCAGGUAAUCCUGGAUCCCAAAGCUGUCUCUGGAAGCCCUCAUUAAAUCAGCACUUGGUUGGUCUUGUUAUUAUGGAAAUAGAUUUGGUUCCUAUAGAAACUAGUUGCAUGCGACUAUUGGAGCCUUAUAGCAACAGUUGGAAUAAUUAGGCACCCUCCAGCUGACACGUACCUCGGUACAUUCUGCACCUUUAUGCCAGUGCUAACCACUCGGCAGCUGUUAAGGAGGUGACAGUCUAUUUUAUGGAUGGGAAAACAUACACCGUGAGGCCAAAGCCAACUUCUUCAAGUGCCCCUGGGUGUCUGAGAUUCCUAGAGAGCAGAGACAGAUUUUUGGACAUGCUGAAUAGUUGCAAUUCAAGCUAGAGCCCUGAGCUCUUCUGAAAUUGGGCCCUGGGCAUCUCUGGGUUUCCAUAAACUCUGGAACUGAGAAUUGGAAGUUUUGGGCUUUGUGACCUGAAUUUGCCCCAUGGUGGCCAAACUGGACCUGUGUCACAGCUGCCCUUGCUUCCUAGCCCUGUGCCUGGUCCAAUGUACCAUUUUGCUUCUCUUUUCAUUACUUUUUUUAGUACAUAAAAUAAUCCUAGUGCAGUCAAAUAUAAAGGUUUCAUAUGUGGAGUCACCUCUAUGAUUGGGAUAAGGGGUCCUAUUAGAUAUUUUUCACCUGCUUGUAAUUUCCACAUCUGUAAUAUUGCCAAAUUUGAAAAUACAACUAUUAUUUACCAGUUUCUGGUUGAUUCAAGCAUUGAAUCAGAUGAGGAUGUAUACACAUCUGGCUCUUCAUGCUAGCUCCAGUUCUCCCAUGAACAAAAUGUUAAGCAGACUUUUGUGGUAGCUCUCUGAUUUCCUCGUGGUUCUGCACAGGUCGGGGGUCAGCUUGGAGCUCAAUAUAAGCAUGAUGUUUCAGCUUGGAUCCUCAUGGAGUAUAACUUCUACUCAGUCACCAAGAUAUAGCAUAGUUUUAAUCUGUGUUUUGGGGAUACAGUGGAAACAAUGUGCGAGAGUCUCAUUUAGCUCUGCAGCAGCUGGUAAUACACUCUGAACUUUCCUGCUCCUAUUGCAAUGAUGUUGGUGGACAGGGUAAUGGAAUUAUUUUGGGGUUUGUCACAUUAGAAACAGUAGUAGAAAUAAAGAAUCCGCAUUUGUCAAGAGACUGGAGAAUUAUAUGUUUAAAUCUUCUCUGGUGGUAUUAAAAAUAACCUGGAAAGGAAAAGGCAAUCAGUAAAAAAUUGUUCUAAGAAAUCUUAGAUGCUUGCAGGUAAGUCUGGGCUCACACGGGAACCAAUUUAUAACCUUCCUGACUACUGUGUCUGUGUGCAGGUGGCUCUACGUAUUCGUCCGAUCAGUGAAGCUGAGUUGGAGGAAGGUGCCUCUAUCAUAGCCCACAGAGUGGGGGACCAGAUGGUUGUUCUGAUGGACCCAAGUGAAGAUCCAGAUGAUAUCUUGAGAGCUAAUAGAUCCCGAGAGAAGACCUUUAUAUUUGAUAUGGUAUUUGAUCAAAAGGCUACCCAGGAGGAAGUAUAUGUGUCCACCACCAAAAGCCUGGUAGAAGGAGUCAUUUCUGGAUACAAUGCAACUGUUUUUGCAUAUGGCCCCACAGGGACAGGGAAGACCUACACUAUGUUAGGGAUGGACUGUGAACCAGGGAUCUACAUCCGCACUCUGAAUGACCUCUUUAGGGCCCUGGAGGCAACCAGUGACAACAUGGAUUACACCGUCUCGAUGUCAUACCUAGAGAUUUAUAAUGAAGUGAUCCGUGACCUCCUGAAUCCAUCCUCUGGAUUUUUAGACCUGAGAGAGGACUCCUGGGGUAGUAUCCAGAUAGCGGGAAUAACUGAAGUCUCUACUACAAAUGCACAGGAGAUCAUGCAGCUGUUAACAAAAGGAAACAAGGAGCGCACUCAGGAACCCACUGCUGCCAACAAGACAUCUUCCCGCUCACACGCUGUCCUGCAGGUGACAGUGAAAUGGAUGAGUCGGGUGAAGGAUAUUACUGAGGAAGUGCGAGUGGGAAGGCUUUUCAUGGUCGACUUGGCAGGGUCUGAGAGAGCUGCCCAGACCCAGAACCGCGGCAAGAGAAUGAAGGAAGGAGCCCAUAUCAAUCGCUCGCUGCUAGCUCUAGGAAACUGCAUCAAUGCCUUGAGUGAGAAGGGUGGGAGUCGAGGCCAAUAUGUCAAUUUUCGAGAUAGCAAGCUCACCCGCUUGUUGAAGGACUCACUGGGGGGGAACAGCAGGACAGUUAUGAUUGCCCACAUCAGCCCUGCUAGUAUGUACUUUGAAGAAUCUCGUACGACCCUGAUCUAUGCGUAUCGAGCGAAGAACAUCAAGACAAGGGUGAAACGCAACCUGCUGAAUGUUUCGUACCACAUUGCUCAGUACACCAGCAUCAUCUCAGAUCUACGCCGGGAGAUCGAGCGCCUGAAAGCAAAGAUUGAAAAUCAGGAGAAGGAGAAGAGCAUUGUCAGCUCUGAGAUCGGGGAUGCUCAAGCGGAGAUGCAUGAGGAUCCAGAAGUGUCCAGCCGGCAAGAGAUGAACAAGUUGCGGGAGCAGCUGAUUGGAGCUUUCAAGGAGCAGCUGGAGAUGCGCCGCAGCCUCAUAGACCUGGAGAACACCAACACUGAGCUGCUCAUUGAUGCCUCCAGGCAUCUGCUUACAAUUACAGACUGGGAACGAGAGAAGACUCAACAUGCUCGCAGGUGCCAUGACAAGUCAGUGAAUGAGAAGGAAGAUGAAACCAUGGAUGAGGAGGAUAGAGAAGUGGAGGGCACAGAUUCACCUGAACCUCAUGAAGUCAUGGUGGCAAGAGAGGAGAUCAACAUGCUGUUGGCAGAGCAGCGCAAAACAGCAGCCCUAAAGGCAGAGCUGGAGAAGCGGUUAGCCAAUGCCAAGAAGAAGGCCUCCCAGAUGGAGAAGCUGCUCCCUAGGCAAAUCACCAGCAAGGACCAGCAGGAGGUGCUGAGGCUGCUGUGUAAGGCUCACGAGCUGGAGGUGAGCAACACAGAGCUGCAAGCCAGCACCUUGUACAAGGAGAACCUGCUCUGCCAGAAGGACUUUGUGAUCCAGCGGCUGCAGCAGCACAGGCUGCUCUGUGAAGAAAUCAUUCAGCAGCAGCAAACGCUGAUUCGAGACCAUAACAUCCCUGUCCCAGGGACCCUGGGGAAACUGCAUCAUCUGUACUUUCAUGAGUUAGAGGAGGGGACUCUGAACCGCCUUCUCCUGCUUCAUUCAUUGAUGUCCACCACGCUCAGGGAUGGCUCCACUCCAGAUAUAGCUCAGCAGCUGGACCUAAGUAAGGAGGAGGGCAGGAAAGAGCUUGCUGACAGCAGGAAGGGUCUUCCUUGGGGAGCAAAGUUUGAGCUCCCCUCCAUCAUCCUGGAGUCAGACAGUGACAGCUACCGCUCAUCUAAAACUACCCCUGCCAGGAAACUGGGGAAUCCAGAUAUCCUUCUCAGUCCUACUUUUGCUCGCUUGCCAAGAAGCCCAGUUCACCAGAAAUCAACUGGGGUUGCUGCUGGAAAGAAGAUUCCCAAAUUAAAUUCUCCCACCUCCCUGGACUUAACCAGGAAGAAGUCAGCUGUGGACAUCAUGACUUCUCCACUGAGCCCAGAGGCUUUGAAAGAGAUUGCAGUUAGCACCAAAAGCAUCUCCCUCAUUGCAGCCCGCCGGCGUUGCAGGGCCCAGACCAGAGACCAUGGGAGUGAACCCAUCUCAGCCCACUUUUUUGAGGAUGACAUGGUGGAGCCAAAAUAUCUGCAGGCCAGCUCCACUCCAGAGCCUCGUGUGAAAGGCAGAGGGAGCUUUGGGAGCCUCCCAGAAGAGCCUCAGAGGGAGAAACGGCUGCACCCCAAAACUGGGAGAGAGCUGAGAAAGGAAAGAGAUCGGGAAAAAUCAGCAGAGAGGAAAGCCAGGAAGAAAAGAUCUCGUUCUCUUGAACACAGCUCCCAAAGGGUGUCAAAAGCAAAACAUCGGACCCCUUCAAGUCCCAACAUGGACAACGUCUCUGAGAACCAGCUGCCCAGACCUAAACUCUCCUUGGAGUCAAAGGGCAGAGGCACCCUGUUGCCUGCCAUGCAACCUCUUGCCAAGGUCAAAUUCCCCAUUGGCCACAAGGCAGAAAUUGCACUGCAGGUGCUGGUGAUGAGCAAUACCCCACCCAGCACUGUCCAGCAAAGCAACGCAGGUCCGACCCGAGGGCAGGUCCUACAAAAGCAAGUCAAAGGCCCUGCAGAUGGUGCCAGCAGCCAGCAGAAGCAGCCAGCCAAAGGCACGAAGAACCUGCCAAAGCCAAAAUAGUCAUGGGCGAAGGUGGGAGACUGCGAGUCUGUCUGCCUCCAGGUGACGGGGGCUUACAGGGGUGUUAAGAGUACGUGCAUGAGGGAGCCAGUGUCUUGAGAGAUGGUGUAGCCAGUUUGCUAUGAGGCUGGGGAGAAGGGAAGGGCUGCAUAUUGUCUGGCAUUUUCCCCUUCAGAAGUUUUUGCUUUGCCGAGCUCCAGUUGCUACUUGCCUUUAAGACAGGCUGGGGGUUGCUUUGCUGACUGUUAAUGUUCAAAGGAACAGGCAGCUCUGCUUUUUCUCUGUCCAGAAGAUGGCAGAUGGGAGUCUCUGUCAUCUGGUCAUCUGCACUUGAGCACAGACUAACUCUGAAUUGCCAGGGCGAAGGUGCGGCAAUCCUGCAAGGGGCUAUUUAAUUAUUAAGAACAAACUCCUUUAAAAUACCUCCCCUGCUUUCCUGAUGUUUGUGCAUAUCGCAGUGGAGCUGGAAAAGGUGAUGCAUGUCUGGCAUGAAGCUUGGUUGAGCAGAUGUUUGGCACCCGGAACAAGCCAGGAGUAUUUUAAGUACUUUGCCAUGUGCUGAACAGUUCAGACCUUCCAGGAGAGGUGCAGUGAUCAAGACAGGCCGUGUUUUGAGUCAGGGUGGGAGGUGAGCUAAGGGAGCAUGCUUUCCUUCCAGCAGUUUUUUCUGCGUUCCCUUGGAGGAACAGGCAUUUUAUAAAUAAAUUGUGAUGAGUAUUUUUUUCUUGUUCUUGGUGUUUUCUUCGCAUUACAAACAAAGUGGCAUGGGCCAUUUCACUGAGUAAAGGUACUCUUUAUUUCCCCAAAGGUGAGUAGCUUCUCUCAGCACACCUGUUUUGCCACCUGCCUGGCAUUUUACAAACGCAGCCAAGCAAGGUCAUGUCACAUUUGUGGGCUCAUGCAUUUUUAAAAUAGCAGGCAGGUUAUUCAAUGGGUUUUUAGGGUGGUAAUAAUUCAGUACUGCACGUGGGGCUGGGGAGACUGAACUCAUUAGUAUUUAGGAAGUGCCUUAAAAUCCUGAAAUGGAAAGCAGUACAAGUGCGCAACAGUCCUUAUGAAUUCUUCAUUCUCACUGUCAGUGUAAUGCAGUCUGAUGUUCCCUGUUGAACAAGAGGAAGCUUGAUGAAGCAUGUUGCAGACAAGAUGGGCCAGGAGACCUUGUUCUACAAAGAUGACUCUUCCACAUGAGCACAGAAA